AUGGCCACCAGAUCGCUAAGCUGGGACCAGCUAGAAUAUGACCUGACACCGUGGAUCAAAGACGCCAUCAGUUCUUUGGGCUUCGAGACCAUGACUCCAGUCCAGGCAUCCACCAUCCCAUUAUUCUCCAAAAACAAGGAUGUUAUAGUGGAGGCUGUUACAGGUUCAGGGAAGACAUUGGCCUUUGUGAUACCGAUAAUAGAGAGAAUCAUGAGACUGGACCCUGUUAUGAUCCAGAAAAGACAUUUCAACGCUGUGAUCAUCUCUCCAACUAGAGAAUUAUCAUUACAAAUAGAGAAGGUUUUCGAAUCAGUGCUUAAAUUCAAUCCAAAAGAAGAUGGUAUAAGGACUCAAACUUUAGUUGGUGGGGUUAGCAGUAUAGAUGAAGACCUUAGAAAGUUUCAAAAAUGGAAUCCACAUAUCUUGAUUGCCACACCUGGUAGAUUGGCUGAUUUCUUAAAUCGUGGGAAUAUUGUCUCAACGAAGAAUUGUGAAGCUUUAGUAUUGGAUGAAGCUGAUAGAUUAUUAGAUUUGGCUUUUGAAAAAGAGAUGAAUGUCAUUUUCAGAUCUUUGCCCAAACAAAAGAGAGUUGGGUUAUUUUCUGCAACUAUUUUGAAUGCAAGUGCCAAUUUCCAUAAAACUGGUAUGAGAAAUCCAGUCAAGAUUGUUGUUAAUGCUAAGAAUCAUAAACCAAAAACUUUACAAUUAAAUUACACGAUAGUGAAUCCAGAGGAUAAAUUGAAUCAAUUAUUCAAUUUUUUGGACACUUAUCAUUUCAGAAAGGCUAUAGUGUAUUUCCCAACAUGUUUGUCAGUUGACUAUUUUUAUUCUUUAUUCAAACAACUCAUACAUGAUAAUGAUCUUUUAUUAACUUUUUACUCAUUACAUGGUAAAUUAAAGACAAGUUCUAGAAUUAAAACAUUGGAGAAAUUUGAUUCAAAUAACGAUUCAAAAUCAGUCUUGAUGACUACUGAUGUUGCAGCUAGAGGUAUUGAUAUUGAGAAUGUUGAUUUGGUCAUUCAAUUAGACCCACCAACUGAUCCUGAUGUGUUUUUACACAGAUGUGGUCGUACAGGUCGUGCUAAUAAUGUUGGUCAAGCUGUUGUCUUCUUAAAUGAAGGCCGUGAAGAAGAUUAUGUUGACUUCUUGAGUGUUAAAAAAAUUGAGUUGGAUGAAUUGGAAAUUAAACCGAAAACUGUGAUAAAGCAAGAACAAAUCAAGAAAUGGAUUUUGAAAGAUCGCUUGAGACAUGAUAGAGGUGUCAGAGCAUAUGUGUCAUUUGUUAGAUAUUAUUCAAAACAUACUGCAAGUUCUAUUUUCAGAUUACAAAACUUGGAUUAUUUAGGUGUUGCAAAGAUGUAUGGGUUGUUAAGAUUACCAAAGAUGCCAGAAUUGACAAACUAUUUAAAGGAUAAUUUCCCAGCUGAUGGUUAUUUAGAUACUGAAGUGAAUUUUAAUGAUUAUAAAUAUUUGGAUCCAGUUAAAGAAGAAAAGAGAAUUGAAGAGGAAAAAAUCAGAGAAAAGAGAGAACAAAAAAUUGAAAAGAAGCAAAAAAUCAAAGAAAAUACUCCUUGGUCACAAAAAGUUCAAAAAAAAGCUGAAAGAAAUGAACGUAGUGCUGGUAAGGAUAUCAAAAAAAGAGAAUUAGAAUUGGUUGAGUCUGGUGAUGAAGAUGAACAAGUUGAUUGGAAAGAUUUGGUUAGACAAAGUAAAAAGGAGAAGAAGCAAAAGAAACAAGAUGUCGUUGGUACAUUUGAUGACUUGUAA